CUCUCUAUUUGUCAACUCGGCAUCUCUCUAUUUGUCAACUCGGCAUCUCUCUAUUUGUCAACUCGGCAUUCCUCUAUUGGUCAACUCGGCAUCUCUCUAUUUGUCAACUCGGCAUCUCUCUAUUUGUCAACUCGGCAUUCCUCUAUUUGUCAGCUCAACAUCUCUCUAUUUGUCAACUGGGCAUCUCUCUAUUUGUCAACUCGGCAUCUCUCUAUUUGUCAACUCGGCAUUCCUCUAUUUGUCAACUCGGCAUCUCUAUAUUUGUCAACUCGGCAUCCCUAUAUUUGUCAACUCGACAUCCCUAUAUUUGUCAAUUCGACAUCUGUCUAUUUGUCAGCUCAUUAUCUGUCUAUUUGUCAACUCGACAUCUGUCUAUUUGUCAGCUCAGCAUCUCUCUAUUUGUCAACUCGGCAUCUCUCUAUUUGUCAACUCGGCACUCCUCUAUUUGUCAAAUCGGCAUCCCUCUAUUUGUCAACUCGGCAUCCCUCCCUCUAUUUGUCAACUCGACAUCUGUCUAUUUGUCAACUCGACAUCUCUCUAUUUGUC